AUGUCGACAGUCGGCAAGCCAAUCAAGUGCCUCGCGGCCGUUGCAUACGAAGCAGGAAAACCACUCACAAUCGAAGAAAUCGAGGUCGCUGCUCCGAAGGCCAACGAAGUCAGAAUCAAGAUUGAGUAUACCGGAGUCUGCCAUACUGAUCAGUACACCCUUAGCGGAAAGGAUUCUGAAGGCGCAUUCCCUGUCAUCCUGGGUCACGAAGGUGCCGGAAUCGUCGAAUCUGUCGGAGAGGGUGUUACGUCCGUCAAGCCCGGUGAUCAUGUAAUUGCGCUCUAUACCCCCGAAUGCCGUGAAUGCAAAUUCUGCAAGAGUGGAAAGACAAAUUUGUGUGGAAAGAUUCGUGCUACCCAAGGCAAGGGUCUCAUGCCUGAUGGCACUGUUAGAUUUACAUCGAAUGGAAAGGAUUUAAUUCACUACAUGGGUACUUCGACAUUCAGCCAGUAUACAGUUGUCGCCGAUAUCUCCGUCGUUGCCAUAGAUCCGAAAGCAGGGCUUGACAAGGCUUGCUUGUUGGGAUGCGGUAUCACUACCGGUUACGGUGCUGCUAUCAAUACCGCCAAGGUCCAGGAAGGUGACAACGUCGCUAUCUUUGGAUGUGGUGCUGUUGGUCUAUCUGUUAUCCAAGGAUGCGUUCGCAAUAAGGCCAACAAGAUUAUUGCUAUCGACGUCAACCCAGACAAGGAAGAAUGGGCUCGAAAAUUCGGUGCCACAGACUUCGUAAACCCCUCUAAGCUCCCCGAUGGCGGUAAGAACCUCGUCGACACGAUCAUUGAGGCGACAGAUGGAGGUGUCGACCACAGCUUCGACUGCACCGGUGUUGUUUCCGUUAUGAGAGCUGCUUUGGAGUGCUGUCAUAAGGGUUGGGGUCAAUCUAUUAUCAUCGGAGUUGCUGCUGCCGGUCAGGAAAUCUCGACAAGACCAUUCCAAUUGGUUACCGGCAGGAAAUGGCUUGGAUGCGCCUUUGGUGGUGUUCGUGGUCGUACCGAGUUGCCUAACCUUGUUCAGGAUUAUCUUGAUGGUCAGCUUAAGGUUGAAGAGUUUAUUACACAUAAGAGGGAUUUGAAGGAUAUCAACGAGGCUUUCGAUCUUAUGCACUCUGGUGACUGUAUCAGGUAA